ACAAUUCUUAAUCGUGCAGCUUACCAGUAUAUAAAUGGUGUAGAAUUGGAGGAAUACUCUCCUUGGUGGUUGUUCAGUUAAGACAUAACAUCGCUAAAAAACAGAGAGGCUUGAAGGACAAAAGAUUUUGCUUGACAAUCAAAAUUGAAUUUUGAAAGUGCAGCCAUGGACUCGAGAGUUGAUGUAGGAAAUGCGGGACGAGAAGCAGGAUUGAGUGACACUCCAAUUGGAGAGGAACUUUAUCAGCUAUUUCUGAAGAAGCAUCAAGAGCUAGCUAACGACUGGCAGGAGAAUUGUCCAGAUUUAGAUGAACUCAGAAAAUUCCGUAUAUCAGAUAACAGAAUCUCCUUAGAAAGGCUUGGAAUUACGAGAAAAGAUUUAGACUCGUUAUCGUGCAUCCAUGUGGCGGGUACUAAGGGAAAGGGAUCGACAUGUGCUAUGACAGAAAGGAUAUUAAGGACAUACGGCUACAAGACAGGCAUCAUAAGUUCUCCCCCUCUAUUAGAGAUUCGUGAGCGAGUCCGUAUCAAUGGGGCACCAGUUUCCCGAGCAAUGUAUGGAAGAUAUGGAGUAGAAUGCCUUGAACUGCUAGAGAAGAACAAAACGAAAUUUGGUCACAUAUUCACACCCGUGACAGGUCCAUAUUCGAUGUUCACAUUCAUUGCAUACUACAUUCUUGUCAAAGAAAAGGUAGAUGUCGCUGUUGUGGAAGUAGGACUGGGAGGCGAAUAUGAUUCAACCAACGUUCUUUGGUCUCCAACUGUGACUGGUGUUUCGUCUCUUGCCGUGGAACAUGUCUCACAACUCGGCGACACCCUGGCUAAAAUCUCCUGGCAUAAAUCAGGCAUAUUCAAGGAUGGUCGACCUGCUUUGACAGCGCCACAGCGAGAGGAAGCGAUGACUGUGCUUGUACAACGGGCAAAGGAACGAAACGCACCUUUGCGAGUUUGUCCUCCUUUAGGCGACUACGAAUGCAAUGGCGUCAGUGUCAAGUUAGGUCUUGCUGGAAAACAUCAACGCAUUAACGCAGCUUUGGCCGUUCAACUCACUAAAACGUGGCUCGAUGAGAAAGCCCCAGGGAGAGUGCAAUUCCAAGGACCACAAGAUGUAGAUAUCAGCGGCAACUCAACAAUUGGUGAUAAACUUGACGAUGGGAAAGUUCAGAGAGCGACGCCAUUCGUUCUGCCAGACGAAUUCUUACAAGGAUUCGAGUUAUCAAAGUGGCCAGGACGUAACCAAAUAAUCCGGAAAACCGGCGUGACUUACUACAUCGAUAUUGCACAUACCAAAAACAGCGUGGCCUUCUGUAAGAAUUGGUUUGAAGAAGAGGCAUCGAAUGAGGCCAAGAUGAUCCCAGGAGUCAUCAAAAAAGUCCUCAUUUUCAAUCUAGGCGGGGAUAGAGACGGUUACACGAUCCUACGACCUCUUGUGGAAUACGGGUUCGACGCUGUUGUGUUUUCAGUCAUGCGAACCGUAGCAUCUCAAGAAAAUGAAGUGAGAGAUUACAAAACUAUUCAGUUGCUAGAUGAUCAGCUGAUGAAAUGCCACCAGCAUCUGGCAACCUUCAAGAAGCUCCAUGGUGAUAUUUGCGACUCAUUCCAAGAUCAACCAUGUCAUCGUGACGUCAUGCAAGCGCCAAUCUUUAAAGUAACUCCUUCCGCUACAGAAGCAAUUCAAUGGGUUUUAGACUCUCGUAUGUGUCUUGAUGAUAGGGAAUCGAUGGACUUGCCCGAUGGUGAAGGAUUCUUGCAUAAAGCUGACCAUCUUCAGGUUUUGGUCACUGGUAGUAAUUUCCUUGCCGGAUCGGUUAUCCAUGUUAUCGAACCUAACAUGUUCGAUAAAGUAGAGUACUAAAGUUUAUUUUCUUAGAAUGUCUUGCCUGGUCAGACGUCUAUAUUUUAAUUGUUUUUUGGUUAAAGGAAAAAAAAACGAAUCACGCGAUUUAAUUUGUAAAAAUAAAGUGCUUAUUAUUUUGUCAAUACUGUAUAACAAGCUUGGGUUUUCUCUGUAGGGCCAUGCAUAAUGGUUUAAGGCAUGGCCACACAGAGGAAUUUUUCCUGUUGGGGGCCGGGGGAAAAUGCAAUGAAUUUUUGACAAUUUAUUGCAUUUUCUUCGUUUAGGGGGAUUUGUGGGGGCGGCCGCGUACUCUAGCAAACACCGGGGCCCAUAGUUUGAACCAGUAUCUCGAAAAGAAGGCAGGGUUUAUUGUUUUAUAUCCUCCAUCAAUUUUCUUUUGGGGGGAGCAGUCAAUAGCACCUUUUGCAAAAUAGUUUUUUUAAUUUUUGAUCACGUGAAGAGCUCUUGACCAAUCAAAAACCAAUACGUUGUUGAUGCAGUAAAUAAUGUGGUAUACAUCCCCACCCACUACACCUUCUAUAGGCGCAUAGUUUCGGAUGAGUACCUAUAAUGAUAGAAAGGUAUAAACAAGUUCUGAAACGUAUAUAGAGCAAUUGAAUUUUACCUGGCACCAUGGAUGAAUUAGGGUGAGAAAAUUAAAAUGCCCAAUGGAAAAGGGGCAAUGUUUGGAUUCAUGAAGAAAACAAAAACAUAUUAAAGGUGCUUAGACAUUUAUAAAAUUCUUGUUUUUGUUCUUAAAUCAGAAACAGUAAAAAGAUCAAUGUAUGCAAUCAGUGGAGGAUUUCACUCUGCCAUGCGCUAUUUUUUUGCUCAUUAAUCAAUAUACAUCACCCAUGUGCGAAUAUUGUGCUGUAUAUUUUAGGACGGAUAGGUUGCGAAAAGCGUUUAGUUAAAAUUCCCCUCAUAUGAUUGAUUUUGCUGACGAAUUAUGAAAGUUACCGGAUAAGCUAAUAUAUUAUAGGUUACAUUACUUGAUUCUUUAAACAUUAAUAGGUAAUGUAUAUUUAAACUCAGAUAAAUAUCAAUAUGUUAGCGCUCACCUGAUCAAAGUAGGCUUUAAAGAUAAAGACCAGUUAUAGUCAUGCGAUUGCAUUGUGAAAGAAACAUUGUGGAAUCGAUCAGAAAAGGUUG